ACUCUCCAACUCAUGAACGUUGCAUUAAUAUAUUUUUCUCUCUCUCUCUCUCUCUCUCCCUCUGAACCCUCUCUCAUGGCUGCUUCCAAGCUUUUUUCUGCUUCUCUCCUGGUCUCCAUGGUCACCCUCUUGGUCCUUUCGUCGGACAAGUGCCUCGCGUUGCAAUGCGGGGUUUCCUAUGAGACAAUCACCGUCGUCAAUGAGUUUCCUCACGAUCCACAAGCCUUCACUCAGGGCCUUCUUUAUACUGGAAAUGACACCUUAUUUGAGUCAACUGGACUUUAUGGGGAGUCAUCUGUCCGUAAAGUUGCUCUUUGUACUGGGAAGGUUGACAUUAUUCACAAGAUGGAUGAUUCUUAUUUUGGGGAAGGUUUAACUCUCCUCAAUAGCAGGCUCUUCCAAGUAACUUGGUUGCGGACAAAUGGUUUCAUAUAUGACCCAAAACAUUUAAGCCAAAUUGGGACAUUUAAUCAUGAUAUGAAUGAUGGUUGGGGUCUGGCAACUGAUGGAAAAGUCUUGUUUGGAAGUGAUGGCAGUUCAACAUUGUAUCAAAUGAUUCAAACUGAUCCUCAGACAUUUAAAGCUGUAUCAAAACAAGUUGUCUACUAUAAGGGUCAUGAAGUACACAAUCUCAAUGAAUUGGAAUACAUAAAUGGUGAAGUUUGGGCAAAUGUUUUACCGACUGACUGCAUUGUAAGAAUCUCUCCGAGUGAUGGCAGUGUUCUUGGAUGGAUUCUCCUCCAAGAUUUAAAGAAAGAACUUGUUGAAGCAGGGGCGAUUAGUGAAGAUAAUAUUUUGAAUGGGAUAGCAUGGGAUGGUGAGCAAAAGCGUAUCUUCGUGACUGGAAAACUGUGGCCAAAGCUGUAUGAAAUCAAGGUUUCACCAAUAAAGGAACCAAUUGAAGAAGGGACCAUUGAGCAACUUUGCUUGCCUGAGCCUUAUGUACCUCCAUCGAACCUUGUGCUGGCUGACCCAGCCCAAAGGGAAUGAGGUGAAGCUAAAUAGGAAAUUAUGGGCACGAGUAUAGACUCAAAAAGAAAGUCCAAGACACCUUACUAUAGUUGAAGGACUUUAUCUUAUAUUGGGUUUAGAAUAAAUGUCAUUAGAUCUUUUUUCUUGUUUUCCUAAAAUUGUGAUGUUGAUGCAUGGAUGGCUCUCGUUCAUUUGCUUGAAGCCCUUCGGGAUAUUUAAUCGUUUUGUCAUUAAGAUUCAACAAUGAAAGUUUUGAAUUUUUGUGUGUUUA